AGACAGAAGAGCAUUCACAUUCUAAUCAGGUUCAACUCCACUCGCUCUUUGACCCUCAACUGGUGACUGAUGCUCAGCCAGCCCUUCGGACGCCUUCAGCGUCUUCGCCAUCACCACCAUCCCAAGUGAUUGUUCGCCCACGAUUGAGUGACUUACAAGCACAUCGAGCAAGGCCACACACAGCCCAAGCAAAGUACAAAGGCCAUCGGACGCAGAGAGAGACCCUCGAUUUCCGUAACACGAGUCGCACGCAUUGCGCAUCGCGUGGGUCUGACUCGUUUGGCUCCCUAAUUUGACACUAGCUCGAUCACAGCGCACGAGCCAAGAUGUCGGUGCACGCGCAGUUCGAAAACAUCUUCUAUGGUCUGGACUCUACUGCUGGCAGGAUGAGGAUAUCGGCUGGUGGCUUGGGCUGGAAAGGUACGCCUGCUGAUGGGCAGCCUGCAAAGACGAUCACCAUAGAAGCCGACUUGAUGAAGAGCUUCAAUUGGACAAAAGUGGCACGAGGAUACCAGUUCAGAAUCAACCUCAAACAGCCACGCGCACCCAAUACACCACCUCGCGAGACGUUUGAUGGAUUCCAACGAGAAGACUACGAUCACUUGGCAGAGAAAGUGACCGAAUACUUUUCCAAGUCUUUGGAUCAAGUAGAGAUCUCUGCUCGAGGAUGGAACUGGGGCAAAACAGAGGUGCAGGAUACGGAUGUGAGAUUUCUGGUCAGGGACAAGCUGGCUUUUGAAGUUCCCAUCAAUCACAUCGCCAACAGCAACAUUGCGGGAAAGACCGAAGUCAGCAUGGAGUUCUUGAAUCCGGAUGAGCAGCAACCGGAAGCGAACACCGGUUCUUCGGCCAGCAAUGGUCUCAAGAAACCCAAAAAGAGGGUGGGAGAUCAGCUGGUAGAGAUGAGGUUGCACAUUCCUGGCUUGGUGGAAAAGGAUGAGGAUGAGGAAGAGCUGAGCGAGGCGGAGGGCGAGGGUGAUGGCGAGAAGAAAGGGGGCGGUAAGAAGGACGAAGAGGAGGAGGAAGAACACACCAAGGCGGCGGCUUUCCAUGAUGCCAUCAAGGAGAAGGCGGAUAUCGGACAAGUGGCGGGAGAUAGCAUCAUCAUAUUCAAGGAUGUGCUCCUGCUCACCCCUCGUGGCCGCUUCGAUAUCGACAUGUAUCCCACAUUCCUGCGCCUGAGGGGCAAGACGUACGACUACAAGGUCCUCUACUCCAGCGUCACGCGGCUAUUCCUGCUGCCCAGGCCCGACGAUGUGCAUCUGCAAUUUGUCGUGGGCUUGGACCCUGGUAUUAGGCAAGGUCAAACACGCUACCCCUACCUCGUUUUGCAGUUCAUUCGCGACGAGGAAAUGGACGCGGAGCUGAACCUGGAGGAGGAAGAGAUAGAGAGCAAGUACGAAGGCAAGUUGAAGAAGCGCUACGAGGAUCCCACUUUCAAGGUCGUCACGACCCUGUUCCGCGUCUUGACUGGACAGAAACUGAUCGCGCCGGGUAACGACUCUUUCCAGAGCGCGCUGGCCAGCAGCGCUGCACCUUGCGUCAAGUGCAACGUGAAGGCUACAGAUGGUCUGCUGUACCCGCUGGACAAGCAGCUCAUUUGGGUUUCCAAGCAGCCCAUCCAAAUCAACUAUUCCGACAUUCAUCAAGUCGUCUUUGCUCGGAUCGGCGGUGCCGUAGCUAGCGCAAAGACUUUCGAUCUCAAGGUGGUGCAGAGGUCCGGUCCUGAGCACACUUUCCAAUCCAUCACGAGGGAAGAACACGAUGCCCUCAAUGCACACUUUACGGCGAGAAAGAUCAGGGUGAAGAGCGAGAUGAACGAUGCGGAUGCUGCUGCGGCUGCGGCUGAUGCGCUUUUGGACGACGAUGAUGAUGAUGACCUCGCAGACAUCAUCACGGACGAUGAAGAUGAGGAGGAAGGAGGCAGGAAAAAGAGCAGCGGUAGCGGCGGCAAGAAGAGCAAAAAGUCAAGAGGCGCAGACGCCAUGGAUGUGGAUGAGGACGAAGAGGACGACGAAGACUUUGCAGCUUCCAGCAGUGAUGGCGGUAGCCCCUCGGAAGCAUCUUCGGACGAUGAAGGUGCAGAGUCGGGCAGCGACGACAUGGCGGAUUCGAGGCCCAAGAAGAAGAAGAAGUCAAAGUAAUCUUCCCAAAGAGCAAAGUCAUCUGUGCACGAUGAUGCCUCAUGCGAGAGAUGCUCAGUGCCACUGUCGAUAGUGUGCCAAACGAGGCGAUCGGCGUGUGGCACACUGUGGGCCUUGUCGGCUCGCAUGCAAAUUCAUGCAUUUCAUCGAGGGUCUU